CUGGACUGUUUUGUGCGGAUGUUGGACACAGCGGCUGCCAGCCCGAGAGACGGUGCAGGCGGCCAAAGGUGGACGACACUCGAACGGGAAAUCAACAUUAAAUGAUUUAGAAGUGUUGAUAUACACGCGGAAUCACGAGGACUUAACGUUAGCGGCCAAGCGGAGGCGAGGUGGAAGCAGGACAGCCGAGGAAGGGACUGAGCCACAGUCUCGGAACCCAGCCACCAGCAAUAGAACCGAAUCAAGCAGAACCCGAGAAGACUUUAAGACCCUGGUCCACCCGACGGGGCUUCUGGUCCCAGGAAGAGUCACCAUGUCCCGGAGGAAGCAGAGCAAACCCCGGCAGAUAAAGCGUUCCCUUGGUGAGCUUGACAGCAACGAUGACAGCACUCUUGACGACCUGAGCCUUUCGGGGGAGGAGGCAGAGGCCUCAGACCCAGAUGAUUCAGCAGAGGGGGAAAGCAGCACUCCUCCAUUAUACACACCACUGUACAAUGAAGAGUCCGGGACGCAGGACACACACUGUGGCCCUGAAGAAGAUGGGGAAGAGCAAGGUCUCGCACAGAGUGGUGGGAAAAAAGAUGAGGAGGAAGAGGAUAAAGUGCUGCAUUGGAAUGGUCCCGAUGAGCUGGAGUUCGGGGGAGAAGGCAGUGGUAGCAGAGUCGUGACUCGCCGGGACCUUCAUAUAGACACAAAGUGGGGGCCCUUUCCUGGGAUCCUCCAAUUAGAAGGCAGCACAGAUGAUACAGAGUCAGAGAAUUCAAGGUGGGCCUUGGUGUGUGAUGACCCAGAUUGUUGGAUCACCUGUCUUGCUUUGACGACUGACCCAUCGGAUGCAAACUGUACGAUCUAUAGCCAAGGUGAGGAGCUAUUCUGUAAGGUGACCAAAGAAAUCUUGAUGGGGGAAAGACUCCUGGCCACACCGUUGCUUCCUCCAAAACCCUCAUCCCCUGUGGGCAGGGCUUCGCCUCUACUCAACCUUGUUAGCCAGAAAACUUCAGUGGUAAAGGAGGAGCCACUUUAUCCUGCAGCGCUUCACACGGACAUCCAGCUCCUCCCACAGCAAGCGGGCAUGGCUGCUAUUUUAGCCACUGCUGUUGUCAAUAAGGAUAUUUUCCCAUGCAAAGACUGUGGGAUUUGGUACAGAAGUGAAAGGAACCUGCAAGCCCACCUAAUGUACUACUGCGCCAGCCGACAGAAACAGCCGGCUGCCGCUUCAACCCCACCACAAGACAAACCCAAGGAGUCCUAUCCCAAUGAGCGUGUAUGCCCCUUUCCUCAGUGCAACAAGAGCUGCCCCAGUGCAAGUUCACUGGAGAUUCACAUGCGUACACACAGUGGUGAGCGUCCAUUUGUCUGCCUCAUCUGUCUGUCAGCCUUCACCACAAAAGCAAACUGUGAGCGCCAUCUGAAGGUCCACACUGACACACUAAACGGUGUGUGUCAUGGCUGUGGCUUUGUCUCGACUACAAGGGAUAUUCUUUACAGCCAUUUAGUCACGAGUCACAUGGUGUGCCAGCCUGGAUCUCGCAGUGAGGUCUACUCUCCUGGGCCAGGCCUUCCUAAGCUGCCCUCAUCUAUUGUUCUCAGCCCAGGAGACUCUGGCGUGGUGCUGAAGUGUCAAGUCUGUGGCCACAACUCUGAAUCCCCUUCCCAGCUGCAGCAGCAUGUACAAACCCACCUAGAAGUGCGAGUCCCGACUGAAAGGAGCCCCACCCCUCGUCAAAGUACCCAAGUUGACCAGCUUCAAUCAUCUACACCUGAGGGAGAGCCUUUAGGCUGUGUCCCUAAGCCAGAUUCAUCCAGCCCUGGUGCUAAUGGGGGCUCUGCGACACCACGAGGCUGCAGUCUCUCUGAUGUUCAAACCAACAACAACCUUAAGAUCAAGGAAGAGCCUCAAUCAGAAUCUGAGGCAGAAGAGCAGAUGGAUGUUAAAGAGCGUAGCGAGAAAGCUGGCCAAAAAUCAGAGGGGACGACAAAUGAGAGUCAAACUACAAACCUAAUUUGUCAAACAUCAAAUUCUCCAAAGAGCCCUGCUACCACAGUAGUAAAAGCAGAACCAACGAGUCCUACUCCUGGUUGUAGCCCAACUCAUAUUGGCGGUGCUGGCUCAGUUUUCCCAAGCGGAUCAAUGUUUUUGCCUCAGUACAUGUUUAACCCCGAGACAGCCAUUUUGCCCCAGGCCUCAGAGAUCCUGGCUAAAAUGUCUGAGAUGGUUCACAGUCGACUGAAGCAGGGUCAGACGGUUCCUCAGAACACCCCAACCGCCUUCUUCCCCUCUACGCCAACCGUUCCAACAGCCACGGCAACUCCGCCUCAAAAAGGAGCCACCUGCUUUGAGUGUGAUAUUACAUUCAACAACAUAAACAAUUUCUAUGCACACAAGAGGCUUUACUGCUCCAGUCGACACCACGGAGAAGGAGCCACCUCAGCUUCAGAUCCAGGAUCAGCAAGGGAUACUCCCCCAGCCACGGUGCCUUCUAGAAAGGCACAAGAUUCAUCAGCAUCUCCUCGUGAUGGAGCAGUAAGCAGAGCGGCUUCGGCCUCACCUUCUGACACUGACCCGGCGGCAGAAAGCGGAGCAACAGAAAUGAGGAGAGUUUUGGAAGUUAAGACCGAAACGCCAUCAGUCAAGGAAGGAAUAUCGUCCUCUUCUGAAGGGGAGGGUAUAGGCAGUGGAGGAGGAAGAACAAGUGAGGAUAGCCAGAGUCCUGUCAGUGGGUCUGUUGAAGACCUGGAAGAUGAUCCCAACCGAACCUUUUGUGAGGCCUGCAACAUCCGCUUCAGUCGCCAUGAAAACUACACUGUUCACAAACGCUUCUAUUGCGCUUCACGCCACGAUCCAUCCAACCAGCGAUCCACACACAUGGCCAAGGCAAACACCACAGCAGCCUUCCAUCCCCAGCCAUUCCGCACACGCAAGAGGAAGAAGAUGUAUGAGAUUCACAUGGCAAGAACUGAAGCCUUAGCCGCAGCCGCUGCCACUGUUGCUGCCGCUGCCUCCGCUCCAUCUCCGUCAGUUCUUGGCCUGGCGGUGAAACAAGAAGUUUCUCCCAAUGGCGAAGGCAACUCCAGCCCUGAAGGAGAUGGUCCGAUUGAUUUGAGCAAAAGGCCUCGCCUCGUAGAACUUCCACGGGACGGUACUAGCGGUAUUCUUCCCGUGUUGCCGCUCACUGAUUACCACAAGUGCACCGCCUGUAGUAUCAGCUUCAACAGCAUUGAAAAUUACUUGGCACAUAAAACCUACUAUUGCCCUGCCACCAGCCUCCAAAAGCACACCUUAGAGCAGCUCCACAGGCUCAAAAGAUCGGCCUCUACCUCUCCUAAAAGAAAGUCUCAUCAGGAACGCCAAGAUCUUCUGCAUCCAAUAGAAGCUAAGGCGCUCCCUGCAGAGUGGAUUAGACAAACUCAAGGUUCCUCGCCUAGUCUGCACAUCUCAGCCUUACCUGCCUCGGAUGCCACGUCUCCACCUGAUACAGCAAGCACGCUUGCAGCGACACCGGGAGCAGGCGCCAAAAGUGGUAGCACGGCUUCUUCUCAGAUGGUCUGUCCGUAUUGUCCAAGCAGGACCAUCACAUGUGAGCUAAUUGAGCAUUUCAAGACUAUGCAUGGUCUGGUUGUAUCAAAGAAGUCACUCCAAGAGGCUCAACCCCCUCAAGGCAGACUAGUUGGUUCCAGUUCCAGCCUUAGUCCCAAAGAUGGAGUCACAGCCACCACCUCCAAUAAUCCAAGAUCAGGCUCUCACAUUCACAGAGAUACUACUAAUGGGAAGGCAAGUAGUGAAACCACUUCUCCCUCCUCUCCUCUGGCAAAUGGAAGCCCAUCAGGUGGGAGUGAAUCCCCAUCAGCCGGUUUACUUUUACCCAUAUCCCCCUCAGGAGCUCCCCCUCUGACUUUGUCACCUGUGCCUGACCUCCGAAGAGAGACAGUUGGUACACACCUAAUUUCAGACAAGGCUUCGCCAACUGUUGCCUCCCAUUCCCUGCCUGCACCCCAAACUGCUGCCAUCCCCGGUCCUAAAAGCCCGGUCAUCUCCCCGGUCCAGAACGGUAACUCCCGCUUCUGCCGGCUGUGCAACAUUAAGUUCAGCAGCCUCUCCACAUUCAUAGCUCAUAAAAAGUACUACUGUUCCUCCCACAGUGCUGAACACGUCAAGUGAGCUGAGUAUUUUUUCCUUCCUGAGUGAGUAGACGCUACUCUUCAAUUCUCUCCAAGAAAGCCCCCAUACCCCGUUUCUGCUGUCAGUCCUUCCAGACUGGUGCCAAAGUUGCACUUAGCUGGCAUGACCAUUAUCUGAAAGAAUGGCUGUUACUCCUCAGCAGGACCUGAUGUUCCUUUGCUCCUGAGCAGACUUUGCCAGUGGUGUUACUAAUGAUUAUUUUUCCUCACCUGUGGAUCUACAAGUACACUAUGAGGUGAAAUGGAGCCUACCUGUUUGUCUACCUGCGCACUAAAGUGUGCCCUCGUCCCCUAGGUCAAUUUCUUGCCACCACAUUAACAUUUCCCAACUUCUCAAUAUUCCGCAUUGUGGGACGUUAAAAAGUUCUCUGUGAAAAGGCUUAGUCUGUCUCUUCUUGUCGGAAAAACUCCAGUUCUAUUUUGACAAUUGACUGAAGUGAUCGUACAGGUCCAGAACUAAACGGCGAAAUAAUAUCCCUUGUAUGGAAAGACUUGAUCACGUUUAGUGUUUUUAUUAUCUGUGUAUAGUCUAUGAUGUCUAAAGAAAAAUUCUAUAAUUCAUUUGGUUUCAACACUGGCUCUUUUACGCAAAUUUUAAAAAAGCGGAAGCAAUUUUUAGUUGAAAAGAAAAAAUAUGUGGUAUGGAAUGUUACUAAUUACUGAAGGAUAUUUCACAAUAGACUUUUUUUUUUCAUAUACACGUUUUUAUUUUCUCUUAAAUGCAAGGGAGAGACAAAUGUGAAAUAUUUAUCUUGUAGUCCUCACUGAUUUCAUGUCAACAAAAAACUACCUACAUAUUGUGGAAGAGUAUUUUUAUUUGUUAUUUACUUAUUCUCAUGCUGUUAGAAGGAACUGUGUGGCUCUCGGUGCGAUGAAGUAUUUCUAGUGUAGAUAUCUAAUAUCUUCUCCCUGGGACUACGUCGGGUUUCAUUAUCAUGGAAGCCUUCAUUUGUUGUCUUUAUGUACUCCUUAUUUGACGGUGAUUCACCAGCAGCACCAUUAGAACCAUCACAAGACGUCAGAGUCCGGUUCUUAUAAUGAAGUCUCCUUCCAAUAGGCUAUAAUAGUCUCAUCCAGAAAGUUGGCUUUAUGUACCUGCAUCAUUUUAUUUGUCUUUUAAUGGAAUAUGAAGAAAAUCCACCCAUGCCUUCAAAGUUGAAUAUACUUUGUCAAAUAUUUUCCUGUCUCUUGCUUGCAUUUGCAUCCAGCGAAGAAUAGGGCAUGACCCACCUCACGCACUUCAGAACAAACACACAGUGGUUCCUCGGUUUGUGUUUGGUCAUUCGUUCCCAAAGGUCAGACAGAACCCAAAUCGUAUGAAAACAGAACACAAUUUUUCUCAUAAGAAAUAAUGCAAAUCGGAAUUAAUUUGUUCCAGACACUCAAAAAUGUGAACACAAAACUUAUAGUUGAACAUGUAUAGUAAUAAUUAAUGCCUAAUGAAAGUGAUAAGUCAACAUUUAACAUCCCUUUUACCUUUUUUUGAAGACUCUUGUUGUAAACAAAUUGGUCUCAUUUUACAUUCUUACUCAAUAAAGGCACAGACUUGUGGUGUAACUUGUAACUACAGAGUCAAUUAGUGAUGGCGUCACAGAGCUGGGGUAGAAUGACUUCUGUGUGAGGAGUUAUGACACAUGUUGUCAUAACAGUCAUGGUACGAACACAUUUGGACACACUAGUAUUACUAAUACGACCGCACUUGGCUCUCACA